AUGGAACUGAUGCUUUAUAAAAAUGGAGUGUGUGAUGUUAAUACACGAGCAUUCGAUGAAUUACAUGCAUGGUUAGCUAAUUUGAAAUCAUUAUUUGGCUGUAGUGAUGAAAAUCGUAUGCAUAUUGAUAUCCAGGUCGUGUCCUUAGGUCCUGUAUCAUUAAUGUCGGAUUUUGAUACACUUUUAUUUAUUGUUGGAAGUUUACCUGAUCAAAAUAUUGAUGUUAUUAGUGAUUAUAUGUCACAAUUAUUUUCCGGAGAAGAUACACUACGUAUACAUGCUGUAUCUUAUGACUGUAGUCAUCAUCUUGUAAAUGCAUUACUUAAAACUAUAACUACAUCUGCUAGUGCUUUUGCUUCAUUAGCAUCAACAUGA